AUGGGCCAAUGUAUUGGUAAAGUUUUGUGUAAUACCAAAGAACCUGAAGUUUCCAGUAAUAUUGAAGAAUUUGAAGAAAGUGGCACUGAAGAAUUUGAAAGAAGUAGCAUUGAGAAAUUUGAAGAAAGUGGCACUGGAGAAUCUAAAGGUAUAUCAAACAAGCUGAAAUAUUAA